CAGGCCCCUCCCUGUGAGGUGAGCGCGCGGGGAGGAGCCCUCACCUGCUCCGCUCACUGUGCGCCAUGGAGCGGACGUCGCGCGGGCUGGGCCGCUGCAGGUGCAGCUUCUGGCUGGCCGUGGCCUUCGACGCCGUGGGGGUGAGCGUGCUCAUGCUCGGCGUGUUCGUGAACGUGUCCUUCUACGACCUGCUCAUCUACGCGGGCGCCAUCAUCAUCUUCCUCAGCCUCAUCUGGUGGGUCUUCUGGUACUCCGGGAACAUCGAGGUGCCCCCCGCCGAGCUGGAGGAUGAUGUGGGCCUGCUGAAGAAGAACAAGGGCGGCCUGGGGGGUGUGGUGAGGCGCAUGUCCAGCCGUGUGUCCAGCGGCAUCCGAAACUCACUGCGCAGGAGCGGCCCCCCCUCCAGCGGCCGCAACCAGAGGCCCUCCGCCGGCCAACAAGCCGGCCAGGUGGCCGUUGCCAUGGCACCCAUUGACCCGCAAGGAGUCGACCAGCAUGAAGCUGAGAGUUCGCCCACAUAACAGAGUCUGGGCUGAUGUGACCUGACCGGAGGAAGCGCUUCUGUCCCACCUGAGCGAGUUCAGACAGCUGGAUGCUGCAAUGGGACAGCAGGACUGAAAAUCGGACUUUUUUACUAACAAUGUUCAGUUUUAAGAGUAAGGAAUAAUGCAUUCGAAGUUUGUAAAAGAGUAUUUUUUUACAUAAAUCAUUGAUUCCCGUUUUGCAUACAGGUGUAACCUAAUAAAACAACGAUCAUUAAAUGAUUAGAAGCUUUGA